ACAAAAUUUUACAAAUAUUUGAGGUCCGGAAGGAAACUUCCAGAAUGAUACCUCGUGGCUGUAUAACCCCAGCGGAUCUCCCAUUACAACUUUCAACUUUCAUUCCGUCCACAGUAUUUUCUUCGAUAAAAAAUCAGUUGCAGUUAUUAUCAGUGAGUAGGGUGAGAUAAAGAGAGGCUUCUUGCCUGGAAGAGUUGAGCGUUUUGGGUAUUUUUUUUGGCAUCGGUUUCAGGGUUUUCUGGGCACGUUUUGCGUUACACGACCGACAUGUCUUAUUCAAGGAGUUAUGAUUCCUACUCACCGCGGAGAAACCGUUCAUUGUCAAGGUCACGGAGCCAUUCCAGGAGCCGUGAUUCAGAUAAUGUACGUAAUCCUGGAAACAACCUCUAUGUCACUGGUUUGUCACCCAGAAUAACAAAAAGAGAUCUUGAAGAUCACUUCUCUAAAGAGGGAACGGUUGUUGAAUGCCAUCUUGUUGUUGAUCCACGCACUAGGGAAUCUCGUGGAUUUGGAUUUGUCACUAUGGCUAAUUUGGAUGAUGCAGACCGCUGUGUUAAAUAUUUGCAUCGUUCUGUUCUAGAAGGUCGUGUUAUUACUGUUGAGAAGGCAAAAAGGAAGCGGGGAAGGACUCCUACUCCUGGCAAGUACCUUGGUGUGAGACCAACAAGAGUGCGUGAUUAUGAGAGGCGACGUACAUAUAGCAGGUCCAGUGAUCGAUAUAGCUCCCGUCGAUCUCCAAGUUAUUCUCCAUACAGGGGAGAUCGUUAUGGUUCACCAAUGCAUUCACCAUACUAUGAUAGAAGGUAUGGAAGGGAUCGUUCAGUGUCACCAUACUAUGGCAGGCGAGAUAGAUCUGUGUCCCCAUAUGGAAGACGAGAAAGGUCUCUUUCGCCGUACAGUAGGCGAGAUCAUUCAGUGUCACCUUAUGCCAGGCACCAGCGAUCACCAUCUCCAAAUUCUAGGCGGCAUCGAGCACUAUCACCAUAUCAGAGACGCGAACGAUCUGUUACUCCAAAUUCCCCUUAUAGAAGGAAUUAUUCUUAUAAAUCUCGGAACCGAUCAAGGUCUAGAUCCUUGACCCCAUAUGAUUAGAGCUUAGACAGGUUAAAUAGGUGAUUAAACUGAUUGCUCAUAGAUUCGGCCAUUUAUUGGAGUUAAAGAUUUAGUUUAGCAAUCUACUGGCAUGCUGGGGAUUGUUGCACGCAACUAAUUUUAAGAGGCUUUUUGUACAUUUAUAAAAAUUGGUUGGUUACAAACUCUCUGCCUUGCUAGUGCUUUUUAUAUAUAUAUAUAUUGUAUCAUGCGGCAGGCUGUUAUACAGUAUGGAUGCACUAGAGUGGAGCUUAUAUCAAAUGUUUUGUCUCUUUUCUUUUU